CCAGUUUUAUUUACAUUUUGCAUAUUUUCGCUCAAAAUUGUUGUAAAAUCAAUAAUUUCCUCGAAAUUUAUUUUAAGAACGCGCUUGAGGUGUGAGCUUCUCAAACUGAGAAGCAUAAGUUGCUUCCGAAAAUAACAGCAUUUCUUAAAGCCGAAAGAAGAAAUGCCAGGCACUAAUCUUAUUGUACCUGUGGUGUUGUGGGGAAAACAUGCUCCUACACAUUGUGUUUCAUCUGUGUAUCUAUCGAGAGAUCAAAAAACUCUUGUAACAGGCUGUUAUGAUGGCCAAAUAUGUAUUUGGCAAGUAGAUCCCGAAACUUUGAAGAUGACCCCUCGUUGUCUUCUUGUUGGUCACACAGCUCCAGUGACAUGUUUGUCCAGGGCUUCCAUACUUCAAGACAAUAACUUUAUUGUGAGCUCGUCAGAGGCAGGUGAAAUGUGUACUUGGGAUCUGGUGGAUGGUAAAUGUCGAGAAAGUGCAAAGUUGACUCAAGUCCAUACAAAUAUACAGGCAUACCAUAUGUGCAACAGUGAGGAUUUGCGGCUUUUCUGCAACGGGUACUAUGCAGAAAUAUUGAUAAUGGACCCCUUCUCAUUGGAGAUAUUGUUCUCUUUGAGCUCAAAGAUGAACCCUGAUUGGAUCUCUGCUUUGCAUGUUUUGCGCCCAUCUUCAAGAAAGGAUGAUGUCGUCCUAGCUAUCUCCAUAACAGGAACUGUCAAGGUAUGGUCGCUUCUGGGGCAUGAGAACAAACAGUCAGAGCCGAUCUACGAGAACGAGUCUAAACAAAUCCGGUGUUUGAACGCGCUGUCACUCAACUGUUGCGCGUAUAACCAACGAACAGUGCUCAUUGUGUGCGCUAAGUAUUGCCAGAUCUAUGACGCAGGUGAUUUCUCCGUGCUUUGCUCCAUUGAAGCGCCAUCUGGUGAGCGAUGGAUGUCCGGUGAUUUCCUUGCGCCCGAUCGCGUGCUUGUCUGGUCCACCGAAGGCAAAGGAUACUUAUACAAACUACCCGCAAACAAACUGCGCGGACGGGCUGUGUGUAGUUCGGUGCCCGACCAUAAGGGCUUCCAUGGGCCUACUGUGGACCACGAUAGCCCAGUCCUGUAUGGUAUAUUGGCCCACCCGGAUAAUAAGCUUCUAUCGUGUCCCCCUGCAAUGCGUUUUGUCCUGACCUCAGUGGGGGGUAAGCAAAGACGUCUCUUGCUCCGUGGAGAUUCAGCCGGAGUAGUUCUCUUGUGGAAUGUUGACGACGCGGCACCCGCUGUAGUGGGGAAAAUAGCGUCCCACGCUCCUAUAGUGAUGACCAGUUUGGAGAUGGCGUGGGCAGAAAUGAACCCAAGCCCCGUUGGAAUUCUGGACCAGUUUAGUCAUCCUGAAGAACCAGAAAUAAAGCUGACUGCCUCUAUAUACUUAUUGGAGGCGAAUCGUCUGGUAGUGGGACGAGAAGAUGGUUCAAUCGUCAUUGUGAACGCGACCCAUACGGUGCAGCUGCAGCUCUUGCAUGGAAAUCACCAACAACUUGACGACUGGCCCCCGCAUCAGUUAUUGCUCGGCCACAACGGAAGAGUAAACUGUUUGUUAUACCCCCAUCACGUACAUCAUAGAUACGACAAGUCUCACUUAGUGUCGGGCGGCAUUGAUUUCGCGGUUUGCCUGUGGGAUCUAUUUAGCGGUGCGUUGCUACAUCGCUUCUGUGUCCACGCUGGAGAAAUUACUCAGCUCAUUGUACCUCCGCAUAACUGCAGUCCGAGAAUACAGAAAUGUAUUUGUUCAGUCGCUUCAGAUCACAGCGUCACUUUAUUGAGUCUGUCUGAACGGAAGUGCGUCACGCUUGCGUCCCGCCAUCUUUUCCCCGUGGUAACAAUAAAAUGGCGGCCGGCGGAUGAUUUCAUGGUGGUGGGAUGCAGUGAUGGUACGGUCUACGUGUGGCAGAUGGAGACUGGACAUUUGGAUAGAGUGUUGCAAGGUAUGAUAGCCGAAGAGGUCCUUUCUGCGUGCGACGAAACCGCAGCUGACGAACUCGGCGGGGCCAUAGCCGCCGGCACUGAUCUACAAGGCCUGGCCAAUCCCGCGGUGCAUUUCUUUAGGGGCCUCCGUCACCGCAACCUCACGGCCAUGCGCGCCGCCACCCAGCGGGGCCUGGCCGCGCUGCACGCCGGCGAGCGCGGGCCCAGCGCCGGGCCGCUGGCCGAGCCCGCGCGGCCCCGCCCUCCUCCGCUCACCAUCCAGGGCUUCAGGUCCAACCCGGCUGACCCGGAGGGCCAUAUACUAUUCUUCGACAUCGAGGGUCUCAUAGUAGAACUCUUGAGCGAAGAAUACUCGGCUAUGAGUCCAGCCAGCCUAGAGGCUGCCGGUUUGAUUACCAGUGAAUACAUGAAGGUGGCAGCGUUGACGCAGUCGGCGAGUCCGGAUGCGGCGAAAAAGAUAUCAGGUAUAUUAGCAAAGAUGAAAGAAGGUGCUGAGAAUAUGCAGACCAAGUUGCAAGCGAAAGCUGAGCAGCUAAAAGGUCACCUGGAGAGUAAAGGUAUGUACAAUUGAACAAAUCAGGAAGCGAUGAAAAAACAUCUCUCUUUUGU